AUGAGGGCGGCGUGGGUGGUGGUGGUGGCGGCGCUGGUGGUGGUGCUGGUGCCCGCCGUGGUGCUCGGCUGCGGGCCCGGCCGGGGCGGCGGCGGGCGCGGACCCAGCCGCAAGAGGCUGACGCCGCUCGUCUUCAAGCAGCACGUGCCGAACGUGAACGAGGUGUCGCUGGCGGCGGCGGGCAAGCCGGAGAAGCGCGUCACGCGCAACGACGAGCGCUUCCGGGACCUCGUGCCCAACUACAACGCCGACAUCAUCUUCAAGGACGAGGAGGGCACCGGCGCCGACAGGCUCAUGACGCAGCGGUGCAAGGAGCGGCUGAACACGCUGGCCAUCUCGGUGAUGAACCAGUGGCCGGGCGUGCGGCUGCGCGUCACCGAGGGCUGGGACGAGGAGGGCCACCACUCGGCCGACUCGCUGCACUACGAGGGCCGCGCCGUCGACGUCACGACCAGCGACCGCGACCGCGCCAAGUACGGCAUGCUGGCGCGGCUCGCCGUCGAGGCGGGCUUCGACUGGGUCUACUACGAGUCGCGCGCGCACAUCCACUGCUCCGUCAAGUCCGAGUCAUCGCAGGCGGCGCGCUCUGGUGGCUGCUUCCCGGGCGACGCGACGGUGCUGCUCUCUGACGGGCAGCGGCUGCCACUGCGGCGGCUGCGCGUAGGCCAGCACGUGCAGGCGGUUGACCUGGAGAGUGGCCAGACUCUCUUCUCGGAGGUCAUCCUCUUCCUAGACCGCAGCCCUAAUGAGGAGCGACCAUUCUUGCGGCUGUCCCUGGCAUCCGGCAGUGCCCUGCUGGUGACACCAGCUCACCUGCUGCCCGUGGACAGGGGCUCGAGAGGUGUGCAGCAAGUCUUCGCCGGCAGCGUGCGCCCGGGAGACAAUCUCUUUGUGUCGGGCGAGAACGUGACGUCGGUGCACGUGGAGCGGGUGCUGGCAGUGUCGGAGGAGAGGCAGCCGGGCGUCUACGCACCGCUGACACGCCACGGCACCGUCGUCGUGGACGGCGUCGCCGCGUCCUGCUACGCCGUCGUCUCCAGCCACUCGCUGGCCCACUGGUCCUACGCACCCUACCGCUUUGGCUCCGGUGUCCGGGACUUGUUCCGGAAACUGUUCUCGACCGGUCCGGAAGGUGGCGGACCGGAGGCCGCGGGCUCCGAGCGGGCGACGCCCAGUUCUGGCGUCCACUGGUACGCCCGUGCUCUGUACGCGAUUGCCAGGUUCGUCCUGCCCUCCGGCAUGCUGUACAAGUGAUGCUGUCGGAGUGCUCUCUGUGAUAAUUUAAUUAGUGACAUUGACUCAUUAGUUGGGGAACUUUCAGCAUACCUGUGCUCAUCCUCAGUGUAUUUUUCCUACUCUGAAGAAGAUACUUGCCUUCGACAAAAACUGUGACGAGGUGAAGAGUAAAACAUUUGAGAACUUGUCGGUGUCACUGUACCUAUAAUGCAUUACAUACACUAUGAAGUAAUGCUCCAGUGUAGAUAGUGUAUAUCCUGGUGAUAAAAAAAAUGAACAACAAUAUAAUGUGAUGAUGUCGCUUGUUUCCAUCGCUAUAGAAAAUUAGCACGAUAGUUCCAUUUAUUGACUAGGUGUUUAUAAGACACCACAAAUAAUAUUACAAUGCACAAACUGCAAAUGCCAGAAUAUAUCCUAAAUUGUGAUCCGAGUUGGCCAUCGUAAUAGAAGGAAUGUGUGAUUUCAUCUCUGAUUCGAUACCUAGUAAAGUGUUUGUCAGUACCAGCAGAAAUAUUUAAUCUUCAGGUGAAAAUAUAGACCUGAUUUUGCUAUUGCUUUUACAGCAUGUGGCAGGUUUGUUAGUGCUUGAUAUUUGUACUGAACAUCUAAUCGUGACUCAAGAACCAGCCUGCAAUUUUUGAUUUAAUUGGCAACUGAUAGUUUGCCAUUGUCUUCUGAUAUUACCUUCCUUUAUUAUUGCCUUACAACUACCAAAAUGAGACAACAAAACUUAUGAAACCUGGAUUCCUCCACAUUACACCCCUGAAUGAAGGUGCCAAUAAGAAAGAAAUUACACACAGUCAUAGGUAUGGUGCAAAUGUGGAAAUUAUUUACCUGCGAUGCUGGACAUCCACACUGCUUACAAAAAAGAGUAUGACAGAGAGUUUAAGCAGCAGUAUUGUCAAGUACAGGAAAAGAUAAACCAGGUUUGUUUGGGAACAAAAUAUGUGAAAAGAACACAGUAUCAUGCACAAAGACUGAACAUUUUGGUCAAUCUUUGUAUUGUUAACUCAUUUUGAUAAAAUUUCCAUUCGGAGUAGAAGUGUCCAAGGCUUCCCUCUUCAUUUAGAAAAUGUAUUGACAACAAGCACCCUCUCCUUUAGGCUCAUGGGAUCGGAGACUAAACAGAUAACAAGAAAAUAUGAAUAACCCAAUACACACAUUUGUGACGGAAACUACUGUUAACUGUAUUUAGAAAACGUGUUACAUAUCAUAUAUCACCAGAAACUGACUACUUUACAGAUUUGUACUUAAACCAUGCAGUAUUUUCUAUUACUUGCUUAUAGUUCACUUUCAGUUAAUAAUUGUCCAAUAUUAAAGUAGUGAUCGAGAGGGAAAUUAAGUAGAACAAAAUGCAUUUCAUCUGCUUGAAACUUUUUUUUGCAGCUAACAACAGUUAUCCAUAUGCGAUUUCUGUCUCUAGGCUUCCUCAGUGCCUCAUCUUUGGGUGUGCAGGAGAGGUCACAGAUUUUCUUAUCUCCUCUUCAUGUCAUGCAGCAAAUCACUGAAAAUUCUCAUCAAACACUUUAAUUUAGCCAUUGUUCGCAUUUUAACAUUUGAAACUUUCACUCACUUUUGCUGUGCUAAUCACACAUAGCAUGCAUUAUCAGUGUCAUGCAAGUUCAAGGACAUGAUAACCAAGUAAUGAUGUUGACACGCAUAGUUUGAGCUUCUGCGGUUAUCAGUGCAACAUAUACGUCUCUCACUUUCAUCCCUUGGACAACCAUUUUCCUAAACUACAAAUUCAUUUCAGCUUUCACCAGUUUCUUUUAAUUUCUCUAUUCUCUAUCUCAUUUUACAACUCAUUUAAUUAUACGCUAUAUUAAGGACCCACACUUUUUCUUGGUGUUCCGUACCUUGUCUUUUCCUGCCCCUACAUGCUCUCUCUCUCUCUCUCUCUCUCUCUCUCUCUCUCUCUCUGUCUCUCUCUCUCUCUCUCUCUCUCUCUCCCCCUCCUUUUCUUUAAUGUCCUCUACCCCUCCUCUCAUUCAUUCUACCUCUACCCAUCCUCUUGUCUCACUCAUUUUACAUGUCCUUUUCUUGCCAUAUCUUACACUCAUUCUCUUUCAUUAUAAUGCAACACAAAGUGAAAAUUUAUUCUAGAAAAAGAGGUCCCAUAGCAUUAACUGAUAAUGAUUUUCAUUUGGUAAGUUCAAGACAAUAAUAGCCACCUGAUUUUUCUAGGUUUAACAUGCCAAUUUUCUUCAUGUUUUAGAACCAUACAUGAUUUAUAAAGGGCAAGACAUUUGCAGAGUUCAAAAUUAUAAUUUCUAUUGUUAAUAGAACACUCAACUAUCCUAACUCUGGUAUACAUGAUACAGGCCUAAUGCCCUAAAACCUAUUGUCAGCACAUGCUUUUCUUCCAUAACAAUACUAAAAAGAAACAGCACUUUUACCUUUAGGUAUAAUUUUUGUCUAAGCUGCAUAGCAAAUGGAGAGCUUAAUCUUUCGAUAGUCACAUAUUUGAUGGCUAUCGUGAAUGAGUUUCCUUAUACACAAAAAUGGCUGGUACAAGAGCCUUCUUUGAGCUCCAAUAACGAAUGCUUUUGUCAUUAAUAAAACUCAGAUCUAUGUUUCAUAAAUCGUGGUAGUGAACCACAGCGCAACAUAAUUCUGUUCAUGAUUAAAUGGUUCAGUUUUCCACUGAAAUAGAAGUAACUGAAAGGACAUUUGUUUACUGAUUUCACUUAUAAAUGAGCGUAGCCAUCUGUUUCUUCAGUCAUGAAUCCUGCUGCUUACAAAAUAAGCAAGCCUUACAUUCCCUCUUAUUAUGUUAAUGAGCUAGUAUGGUGAGCAUUUUUAACAGUUAAAAUAAACAGCACAAGAUGUAAGAUGCAAGUUCUUGCACUUUACAGUGCACACUUUGUGUCCCUGUAUAUGAAUUAAUUAUUUAUCAACUGAUCAACAACAGCUUUAUUUUAGCUAUCACAAUAUCAAUUGACUGUUUUAGUUCUAGAAGAAACUGUUGUAUAUAAUGGAGAGAACAGUAUAACACAUGAAUUAUGAUAGAGGGUUUGCACCCUCAGCAGAAACGUGACCAGUUAUGAACUGAGUUUACUUUUAGAUACUAACUCUUGAGUUUAUAUACAGUAGAAGCUUUGUACUAAUAUUUUACUGUGUUAUAUUCUCGUUGUCCUGGCAGCAGCACAGACAUUUAUGGCAAGAAUACAGAGGAAGGAAAAUAUACAUUGGAGUGAUAAAGAAUAUUAUAAUGUGUACAGUUGAAUUAUUUAUGUUUUUGUAUGAUUUAUAUAAUACUGAAAGAGUAAUAUAAAAAGUGAGAUAUAAAUGUUGAAAAAAUUACAUCUAUUUAUUUUAUUUGUAUGUUUUUGAGAGGUAUUGAGAUGUCCAUUUUAGUUUAUAUGUAAAAGUUUGUUUAUCAGUGUACUAUAAAUUUGAAAACAAGAGACUGAAAUGUAAUUAAAUGUGCCUAAUGACACAAUCUCUGCUAUUCACAAUAUGCCUUAAAAUAAAUUUUUAUCACAAAUACCAAGGAUGAAUGUCACAAAAAAAUAAAAUGUGCACCAUGGGAUUAAAAAAAGAAGUUUGUGUCAAUAUUUAAGCAGUAGAUGAACAAUGUGAACAGCAUAGAAUUUCUUUAUCAGAGCCAUAUUUUGCUUCAUAAAUGGUAGACACAGAUUUGAUUAGAUAUGGUAUUUUCUUCCUCUCAGUAUAGAUAUCACACAAAAUUUUUGAGAAUUGAGAACAGGAAAAUUAAAAAAUAAGAUAGCCUAUCAUUGAACUAUCUCAUAUACAUAUUGUGUGUUUUUAUAACAGUCCCCCAUUUGUUAAAUGUUAAUUACAGCAUUUACAUAUAGAGAAAAUUCACUUUCUCACUCCCUGCUGACUUAAUGCUUCCAUCUCCACUUACUUUUUUUUUAUCUAGUUGUCUGAUUGUUACUGUGGGAUAUGUGUGCAGAUCACACAUUAUUUGAAUUAAAUGUUUGGUAUGCUAAGCAACAACAGUACUGGAGUACCAGCAACAUUUUUUCACUGCAGUUCACAAUGAACAAUGUAUUACCAAAGACUCAAGUUUCACAAUACCACAACCAUUUCUUUACUAAGAGCACAUGGGAUCUGAGGCAAUAAUGCUUGUUUUCCUAGCAGGCUUAGCUAAGAAACUAUGAGUAAACUAACUAUAACAAUAAAAUACUGAAGCAAACAUAUUUUACAGUAACUUUAUAUCUUUCUCUAAACCAACAGCAAGUUAUUUACCAGAAGUUACUGAGUUGAGUAUGAUAAAUUUCAUAUUUUAUGUUUAAAGUUGAUUUUGAACUACCUACACAUGAAUGUCAAAUAAUUACCAGCACAGUCAUUCAUUAACCACAGGUGUAAUGAUAUAGUGCAAUUAAAAGUCAUGCAUGUGAAUUAACAGCCCAAUAUGCUAGUGUAUAAUGGCAAUUGUCUCUCAAGUAGACAAUAAUUCAUUAAUUAAAUUAAACAGUUAUAGUAGCUGGCUUCUAAGGCUGAAAGAUAAUUGUAAACCAUUCCCAGGGAUGUCAUGCAGGUAACAUAUUACAGACAUUCGUAUGAAGCAUCUCAAGAUCAUUUCACAGAGCUCCAUAUUGUAAAUGUGCAUUCCUCCAUAAAUGAGUAACUUGUGUCACAAAGUUGUCAAUCUACUUACUGACAUACAUAUCCUAAAGAUUGUGAAAGUUCCUACUUUUCUGAUAAGCGAGCUCAUUUUGUUAGAGCUUUCAAAAUAUUCUAAUUUUCUUGUUAUCUGUGGACAUAUCCAUUAUAGUGACAACUGAGUGUCAUGAAAGCAGUUACUCUCAUAAAAAUUUCUUUUCUGUUUAGUUACUUUGAUUCCAUAUCUAUGAUGAUCAUUGUGAUUUACAUGCAGUUUGUACAACUAUGUUUUUAUGUGAUUAUUUUUUUUUAUUAAUCUACUCUCAAAAAUUGCUGAAAUGUACUGAAUUUGAAUUAAUUUUAUUGUAAACAAUAUGUUAAAAGCAUCUGUAGUAAAGUUUAUAUUAUGCUGCAAUUCAGUCAAAAAAUGCUUUAACAUUACUUUCCACAAAUGUAAAAAAUACAUUAAUUAAAACUCUUAAUGAUGUUUACAUUGGGACAAGAUUUCUGUAAUAGAAAGAACUGUAGAUAUGGAUGUAAUUUUGUUCUGUACAGAAAAUAUAUGUAAUAGUAGGAAAUGAUUGAAAAUUAUUUUGCUUGAAAAAUGUUUGUACAGUUUUGAUUAAAUUAUGUUUCAAACAUAUCAAUACCUAUGUGACUGUUGAGGUGGAACUGCUUUUCUAUUUAAUAUUGUGCAAACCAUGUUUCUUCUUCUCAUAUAACUACAAGCUCAUGGAAUUUUGAAAUACAAAUUUAUAUUAUGUCAACUUGGGAAUUUUGUACAAUACUGAAUACUGUUAAUUUAAGGUUUAAAAGCAGUCCACUUAGGACCAAAGCGGCCACACUCAGUAAUGUUCAACAUAAAAUUACACUGCUUGAUACACUGGUGGAAUAUGUUUUGGAAAGUACACAGCUAUCAUAGUCUCCUCAUUUCUUUUCUCAGCAGAAAACUGAAAUGUUCAAACAGCAGCAAAAUCUUACUCAUGUUGUGAACUAACCAUGACAUAUAUUAAAUGCAGUAAAUAAAAUUGCAUCUUUU